AUGACGUUCUUGAAGCAAAUAAAAGUAGAGGCUGAGAUAAAAGUAGAGGCUGAGAUAAAAGUAGAGGCUGAGAUAAAAGUAGAGGCUGAGAUAAAAGUAGAGGCUGAGAUAAAAGUAGAGGCUGAGAUAAAAGUAGAGGCUGAGAUAAAAGUAGAGGCUGAGAUAAAAGUAGAGGCUGAGAUAAAAGUAGAGGCUGAGAUAAAAGUGAAGGCUGAGAUAAAAGUAGAGGCUGAGAUAAAAGUAGAGGCUGAGAUAAAAGUAGAGGCUGAGAUAAAAGUAGAAGCUGAGAUAAAAGUAGAGGCUGAGAUAAAAGUAGAGGCUGAGAUAAAAGUAGAGGCUGAGAUAAAAGUAGAGGCUGAGAUAAAAGUAGAGGCUGAGAUAAAAGUAGAGGCUGAGAUAAAAGUGAAGGCUGAGAUAAAAGUAGAGGCUGAGAUAAAAGUAGAGGCUGAGAUAAAAGUAGAGGCUGAGAUAAAAGUAGAGGCUGAGAUAAAGGUAGAGGCUGAGAUAAAAGUAGAGGCUGAGAUAAAAGUAGAGGCUGAGAUAAAAGUAGAGGCUGAGAUAAAAGUAGAGGCUGAGAUAAAAGUAGAGGCUGAGAUAAAAGUAGAGGCUGAGAUAAAAGUAGAGGCUGAGAUAAAAGUAGAGGCUGAGAUAAAAGUAGAGGCUGAGAUAAAAGUAGAGGCUGAGAUAAAAGUAGAGGCUGAGAUAAAAGUAGAGGCUGAGAUAAAAGUAGAGGCUGAGAUAAAAGUAGAGGCUGAGAUAAAAGUUGAGGCUGAGAUAAAAGGAGAAUUGACGAGAAAAGCCGAGAACGACAGGAGCCCAGACAAAGCUUGCCGAGAAAGGGAGGCAGAGAAAGGGAGGCAGAGAAAGAGAGGCAGAGAAAGGGAGGCAGAGAAAGAGAGGCAGAGAAAGGGAGGCAGAGAAAGAGAGGCAGAGAAAGGGAGGCAGAGAAAGAGAGGCAGAGAAAGGGAGGCAGAGAAAGAGAGGCAGAGAAAGAGAGGCAGAGAAAGGGAGGCAGACAAAGGGAGGCAGAGAAAGGGAGGCAGAGAAAGGGAGGCAGAGAAAGGGAGGCAGAGAAAGAGAGGCAGAGAAAGGGAGGCAGAGAAAGAGAGGCAGAGAAAGGGAGGCAGAGAAAGAGAGGCAGAGAAAGGGAGGCAGAGAAAGAGAGGCAGAGAAAGGGAGGCAGAGAAAGAGAGGCAGAGAAAGAGAGGCAGAGAAAGGGAGGCAGACAAAGGGAGGCAGAGAAAGAGAGGCAGAGAAAGAGAGGCAGAGAAAGGGAGGCAGAGAAAGGGAGGCAGAGAAAGGGAGGCAGAGAAAGGGAGGCAGAGAAAGGGAGGCAGAGAAAGGGAGGCAGAGAAAGAGAGGCGACGAGCGUCCAUCCAGCCCCCGGGGGCAGACGAGGAAAACGAGCGCCGGAGUUUAAUAUCGUCGUCUGCGACGUACCGGAAAUGA